UGAUGACGUGUUUCCGGUCUCACACCCGACAUUUACAACAACAGGACGGAGCAGACGAGCAGCCGCGGGCCGACGGGACCAGAGUGAAACCGGUCCAGGAGCAGAUCUAACCCCCAUCAGAGAAAUCCAGGAGCUGUGACCACACAAGAGCAGCUGUGAUUAUAUUAGAAACCACCACAGAUCUCCAGAUGGAGCAGAUGUUGUAGAGGGGGAGCUCCACCCCCCACCCCCAGGUACGACAGGGACUGUUGUAGGUGUUUUUAUUUGUGAGGCCAGAAUGGAGAAGAUUUGAGGGACAUUCUCUCCUCAGGUGAGUCCUGAGUCGUGACACUAAGCUCUCCUGAGCUCAGGUUCUUCAGAGCCCCACCCUGCUAGUAAUAUGAGCCAUGGACUCUGGGGCAGUUGAUAGUCCUGUAACCCUGGUCCUGAAGGCCCCCAACCAGAAGUAUGAAGACCAGACCAUUAACUGCUUCCUCAACUGGACCGUGGAGAGGCUGAAGAGUCACAUCUCCAACGUGUACCCCAGCAAACCGCUGUCCAAAGACCAGCGGCUGGUGUACUCAGGGAGACUCCUUCAGGACCACCUGCAGCUCAGAGAUGUGCUCAGAAAGCAGGAUGGAUACCACAUGAUGCACCUAGUGUGUGCCUCACACAGUCCCCCAGGCUCACCCAUGCCUCACAGCCCCUCCGCGGCCAACUCUACGGCUUCUGACUCCAGCAGUUCAGCUAGUGCCAGCCCCGCCUCCUCUGCCACCACGGCUAAUCAGGACAGUCAGCCAGCCUCCUCCUCCUCCUCCCCCCCUCCCCCUGGAGGUUACGAUGGACUGAGGUAUCGCGGCAGCUUCCCCCAGUUCAACCCGCAGAGCCCCCCCGGUGUCCCUCAGUGGCCAGAUGGAGCUCAGGUCCCUUUACAAGGAGGCCUCCCUGCCAACAUGCCCCCCCACCCGAUGUACAUGCCCAUGCAGAUGCUGUGGUGGCAGCAGAUGUACGCUCGGCAUUACUACAUGCAAUACCAAGCUGCAGUUGCUGCCUCUCAGCCUCCCAGCGACCCGCCUCCCUCCUCUCCCUCGUCCAUUACCCCUCAGGCCGCUCAGCCCAAUGAGGCCGUGCAGCCGCCGCUGGGGCCUAACCCGGCCCCCAACCCUUUACCAGAGAACCAGCCCGCCAACCCCAACAUCCAGAUGAAUGCGCAGGGCGGCGCAGUGUUAAACGAUGACGAGCUGAACCGCGAUUGGCUGGACUGGUUGUAUACCGUGUCUCGCGCUGGCGUCCUGCUCAGCAUCGUCUACUUCUACUCUUCAUUUAGCCGCUUCGUCAUGGUGAUCGGCGCCAUGCUUCUGGUCUACCUGCACCAGGCCGGUUGGUUUCCCUUCAGGCCGGAGCAGCAGAACCUUAGAGGAGAGAGGCAGGAGGCUCCUCAGCAGGAAGCAGAGAGACUUCAGGACAUUCAGGAAAUGGAACGUCUGAUGGACGAGGGAUUGGAGGACGAUGACAGCGGUGAGGAAGGGGGCGGUGGCCCUGAGGACCAAGCCGCCGCUGAUGCUGCGGCCGCUGAUGCUGCGGCCGCCGCUGAUGCUGCGGCCGCCGCUGAUGCUGCUCCUGCUGCUCCCGCUGCUCCUGCUCUCCCUGAGCCAAGCUUCCUCACCACCGUGUGGUCCUUCAUCAGCACCUUCUUCACCUCGCUCAUCCCGGAGGGACGGCCCCAACCGGCCAACUAGGUAGACCCCCCUCUUCCUCCUGCCAGCAGGUGUCGCUGUACAGCAGUUCCCACCUUCCUCUCUAUGGUCCUAAAUGCCCCCGUUUCCAAAAACCAAUUGGUUACACACCCUUCUACCGCAGGACACAACUCCAGCUGCUCGACUACAAACCUUCUACCUGCCGCCAACAAACGGACACUUCAAACCACGAGUCUGAAGUUAAAGAGCAGACGCUGUGUGUGUGUUCUGAGGAGUUGAGUGGAACACGUGAACAUUUAAAAAAGAAAUAUCAAGCUGUGUUAUUGGACUUAAUGCUUCAGCAGUGAAAGUUUUUCUUUUCUGUCAUUGAUCAUGAAUUCAUUGAGACGUGAUGAUGGAGAGAGACUCCGGAGGGAGAUGUCUUCCAUUUUAAACCGUGAUAAGGUCACGCUUUCAAAAAUGUCUUCAGACGAGGGAAGUGACGCAGGUCACGAUGGGGAAAAAAACAGGAAUCUCCUUUAAAUGAUGGGGAGAUGUUUGUCUUUAAUAAAACGUGAAACCACAUCUCUUAAAGACAUUUUCAUGUAUGCACUCGAUGUGCUUAUAGACAUUGCAGCUACUGAAGCACAUUGUUUUCCCACUUAAUGUAUUUACACAUGUAAGUAUAUGCAUCUUUAAUUCCUGAAUAUAUGCUUUUUGAAUAAAAAUCUUGCUGCAGUUUAA